AUGAAAAUAGCGCCAGAAACUAUAAUCACAACUUUGGAUAGCCUGAGCGAUUAUGUUAAUCGACUGAACACCAGCAAGUACAUUAAGAGAUCUGAUUAUAAGGUAAUCACGACUUUGGAUAGCCUGAGCGAUCAUGUUAAUCGACUGAACAUCAGCGAGUUCAAUAAAAUAUCUGAUUAUAAGGUUAUGGCUUUGGGCAGGAAGUUCAAGCUGAUUAAGGAACUCACUAUCGGCGACAAAAAGGGAGUACUGAAGCUCCGUCUCCUCCACUCAUGGCAUUCGACAAAUCCAGCCAAUCCUGGCUAUGUGUACGACUACAGUACCCUAUGGGUUGACGAGACGGGCAUGUUGAUCCAUGGCCUUAGCGAUCGUACUUUUGCUGGCCAUUCGGAGUCCAAGCUCACUGUUGGAUCCGUAUAUGAUUUUAUUUCAGACCGCUUCGAGUUCUGCGACUUUGAGUCUUUGCGAGAACGUGUAGGAACUAAGACACUAUUGACAGAUGACAUGGACUCGGAUAGUGAGCAGUUCAGGAACCAGGAUAUAUAA